GCUGUUAUAGACGACGACGGACGGUGGUGUCUCUGUCGUGGUGUGAUACGAACCUUCGAGACUCGGCUGGCGAGAUUCUUGGAGCGUAAAUCUAUCGAAAUGUUCGAAUGAGAUGAGCUCUCCGAUCCUACUAGCCCUCCUGGGCCUUGCGUUCUUCCCAGCGGCCACAGCCUUUCCCGAUCAAGGCAAAUGGUCGUUCCACGCAACAAACGUGACGAGGUUCCUGACAGUGAACCACAAGGGUCUCUACCGUGGCUCCACGAUAUCUGUAAAAAUCUCUUGUGAUAGCAAGUUCUCACCCCGACUCCGAGUGCUAUGGCAAGUCUACCGCACGCCCUGUUUCCAGGACUACUUGGGUACAAACGAGCUGGGUCAAGCGGGACUGGCACUACUAUUCGAUGGGACGAAGAACGUCGUCAACCAAAGAAUAUUCGAAUCUGCCCCGGAGGAACACGACUGUCUCCAUCACUUCCAGCUAAAGAGUCAGCCCAUACCCGAAGAGAAGAAUGCCACGUUCAUGUUCCCGGACCAAACCAUCUCGAAACGGUCUGUGAAUGAUUCUGCGGAUUUCGAUGGUCUGACGAAAAUCCAUCGGGACGGCAUCUACAUGCUUCUCAUCAGAUUCGAGAGCUUGAACGCAUCGAAGCCGUUCGAUCUGUCCGUUGACGUUUCGAUGAGAGGCUUGAACGGGUAUCUGUCAGCUGUGGAAUGGCCCUAUCUGCCGUUCUACGGUACGAUGUGUCUCAUCUACACGUUGUACGCUCUCCAUUGGACCAUCGUAUGCGCCCUCCGCUGGAAGGAACUGCUCCGCAUCCAGUUUUGGAUCGGAGGAGUGAUUUUCCUCGGACUACUGGAGAAAGCGGUCUUCUACGCAGAGUACGAGAGUAUUAACAACACGGGCCAUUCCGUCCGAGGGGCAAUAUUAUUCGCCGAGCUGGUCUCUUGCCUCAAGCGCAGCCUCGCGCGUUUACUAGUUAUCAUCGUCUCUCUCGGUUUUGGUAUAAUCAAGCCCCGUCUAGGUGAUAUGCUCCAUAGGAUCAUGAUUGUCGGUGGUCUCUAUUUUGUUUUGGCCUUGGGCGAAGGCUGCAUCCGCGAGCUGAAACCUCGCACGGCACCGGACCGGACUCUGUUUUCGCUCUCGAUGUGUUUGGCUCUGCUGGAUUCUGCUAUCUGCUACUGGAUCUUCACGUCGCUCGUCCAGACAACGCGGACUCUGACUCUACGGCGGAACAUUGUCAAAUUGACCCUUUACCGACACUUCACCAACACUCUCGUGUUCUCGGUCCUCGCAUCUGGCGUGUUCCUCGUUUGGGUCGUUCUCAAUCAUCGCCUGAGCGAAUGCAUAUCUGACUGGAAAGAGCUGUGGUUCGAUGAUGCGUAUUGGCAAAUCCUGUUCUGCACGAUUCUGCUCGUGAUCAUGGUAUUGUGGCGUCCAACGAACAACAACAACCGGUUCGCAUUCACGCCUCUGCUCGACAACCCAGAUGAUGAGAAAGACCCAGACAGCGACACUGCGACGCUGCUGGACAUAACGCACGUCAAGCAGCGACAGAUUGGCCCGAGCAAGAACCAGCCGCCAGCUCAACAGCCCGAAAUAAUUCCCAACGGCUCCAUAGAAGAAGACCUCAAAUGGAUCGAGGCGCACGUGCCCACCGAUGCCGCUCUCGGCACGUUGGCGGAUUCCGAGGAAGAAAUUCUCACAGUGCAGUUUGAACGGAACAAAAUGUUGUGAACAUAUUCCGGGAAUCCCAAUCGCACGGAGAGCGGACCCAUCUGAUCAAUGGAGGUCCAGCGCAGUGAUCCUGCAUUGCGAUCGUCCGGCGGUGACGAUCCUGUAUCGUGAAUCUAUUCGCUGCACAGGACUGUGUCCGAAAUCUAGUCUUGCGUCGAGCAUUGGCGAUCGGAUCUGAAUCGUGGAGAGCCGUGAUCGAGCGUUCAAUUGAGAGUUCGAAUGGAGAGAGAUAUGAUGCGGACGACUUAUUUAUGCGAAUGGACCGGUUCGCCUACAGCAGCCUUCUGUCGGUUGGUCGGCACGGCCGGCAGACUCGGAAGAACCGACAGAGGCAAACGUCUCUGUCCGGCCGCCCUCGGGCUCAGCUGCGAUGUUCAAUGAGCGAAUAGUUCUAUUUUAAACUCUAUUUUGAGACCUAGAAAAUCUGAUGCAAUUUGUCGGCAGCCUCUGUACAAAUGUAAAUAUUCUGCGGCGGAGGAAGGAAUGGCAGGAGUCGGCACCUCAGCUCGAGUCGCUCUAUUGAACUGCAGCUCUUCUGUGGUGUCGAUCGCAAUAAAUAAAAAUCUGAGUGCUUUAGAUCG